GAACUCGUAUCAAAUCCAUCACCCACGCCUGCGCUGCUGCAAAUUCUGGCACGCUUCUACAGCACACUGCGCAUCGAACUCGACUAUCGAAUUUCAACUUUACAAUAACGCAAACGAACGCGCGCGCGCGAGAACCGGCAAAAUGAGUGGCAUGGCGACCAAGCAAGAGUCGCUCAAGAUCUUUGAGAAACUCAAGACGAAGCCAGCAAACAAGACUUGCUUCGAUUGUGGACAGAACAACCCUACCUGGACAUCCGUUCCCUUUGGCAUCUAUGUGUGCCUCGACUGUUCGUCAAACCACCGAAACCUGGGUGUCCACAUCUCAUUCGUCCGAUCCACGAACCUCGAUCAAUGGCAAUGGGACCAACUGCGAGUGAUGAAGGUUGGUGGCAACGAGUCCGCCACCAAGUUCUUCCGCCAAAACGGAGGCACUGCUGCUCUCAACAGCAAGGACCCCAAGACCAAGUACCAGUCCAGCGCCGCUACCAAGUACAAAGAGGAACUGAAGAAGCGCGCUGCCAAGGACGCACAAACAUACCCCGACGAAGUUGUCAUCAACGAUGGCGUCGAAGACGGCUCAUCGACUCCCGCUGGAGAACCCGAAGACGACUUUUUCUCCUCUUGGGAUAAGCCAGCCAUCAAGCGACCGACACCUCCCAUCUCUCGCACCGCCACGCCUCCUGUUGUUGGCCGCACUCCCUCCCCCUUUAUCAAUGCACCCAAGGAUGGCGCUCGCUCUGCCUCUCCUUUAGCCAAGUCCGAAUCUGCCGGUGACGCUAAGCCCACUGGUAAGGUCAUCACAUCGUCUCGUCUCGUCAAGAGCACUACUGCUGGUGGUGCAGCUCGCAAGACCAAUGUUCUUGGUGCUAAGAAGGCCACCAAGCUGGGCGUCAAAAAGGUUACUGCUGAUGCCAUCGACUUUGAUGAAGCCGAGAAGAAGGCCAAGGAGGAGGCCGAGCGCAUUGCAAAGCUCGGAUACGACCCCGAAGCCGAAGAGGCCCAGGCCGAGGCUACAUCUACAUCUGCCGCCACCAUUCUCUCACCAACUCCCCUCAGCCCUCCCAAGUCUAGCACUGCUCAGACCAGCCAAAAGUCUAGUGCGGAUGCGGAACGUUUGGGCAUGGGUAUGGCCAGAUUGGGCUUUGGCCAGAUCGGUGGCCCCAAGUCGUCUGCUGCACCCGCUAAGAAGAACACUGGCGGAUUCGGAUCGGUUGGCCCCGUCAAGGCCGCCCCUGAAGAGGAGUCCAGCACCUACGCCCGCUCUACGUUUGGUAACCAGAAGAGCAUCUCGUCGGAUCAGUACCACGGAAGGGGUGAGUUUGAUCCCUCGGCUCAGUCCGAGGCCAAGACACGCCUUCAGGGCUUCGAGGGAGCCACCGCCAUCUCGUCCAACGCCUACUUUGGACGCCCCGAGGAGGAGGAGGAAGAGGAUUAUGGAGACAUCGAGUCUGCUGCCAAGGACUUUGUCCGCAAGUUUGGUAUCACUGCCGGUGAUGAUCUUGAGAACCUGUCCAACGUUCUUGGCGAGGGUGCUACCCGUCUGCAGGGCGCCAUCCGAUCCUACUUGGGCAACUAGAUGGAUCCUUUUUCAGCAGUUUACUGGAUGCAUCGUUUUUAUGGUCUUUCUUUUAUUGCGUGCCGCUGCAAACAGGUCUCGAAUCACGUUGGAAUGGACAACGGCCGGCGAAUAUUACUGUUAAUGGGUAGAGGGAAGGCAGCUAGCUGCAGGAGGACGAUUGUUUUUUCUUUUUUUUUUUUUGCCUUUUAAUUUUUCCCAAUUUUUCUGGUUGGCAUGUAUGGCCGGCGCAUCGGGGGCGCGGCUUGGAACUGGUUAGAGGGGACGGGCGUCAAUAGUCGCAAAAAGCUAUGAUUUCCUUUGUGUGAAGCAUGAAUAGACAAGCAAAUACCAAUCCCAUCUUUGGAAUGAAGCUGAUUUCUGUAUGUAAAUAUGCUCUCCGUGGACAGUGCUUAUGUAGUUUAGGGGAGUGGAGGAGGUUGGCGCUGGAUGAAGCAUGUGAAGAUGCACAGUGGAGCACGCCAUGUGUACAAACAAGCAAGCAAGUAGAGCGAGCGAGUUGAGUGUAGCAACUCUGGCGCGUGGUGGUAAAUUUACUAAUUUAUAUAGGACACGUAAUUGGUAGCGUGCGAGACGGGUGAUGUAAAUUUGGUUAUGUAUAAAGUCAUUCAAGACGCUAUAUAAUCUACAUGGGAGGAUACAAAGGAAAUGCGUAAAUUCAAGCAAAAACUCCAACGGCACCGCCGUUCUUGCCGCGAUUCAUUUUGAUAAGGUGACAUUUUGAGUCGUGGGCAUGAGAUGUAGAGAGAAAUAGGAGGGGAAUAGUAAUACGGGGCGGAGGAGGUGCAUUUAGAGCUUGGCAAUCAUGGCGUUGCCCUGCUUGAUGACCUUGACGGCAUCACCGACGAGCUCGUCAACGACGGCCUUGGCGGACUUUUGCUCGUUGACAACAGCAGCGCACUUGCCCAUGAGGAAGGGGCGGAAAGCCUCAAGAGGGUCGUCAUCCUCAUCGUCGCUGAGGUUCUGGAUGCCAACCUUGGCGGCGAGCUCCUUGCCACCAUCAUCGGCGUUGAGGAACUUGUCGAGAUCAGCCUCGUAGGGGAUGGUGCCCUUGGCAGCGAGCUGCUUCAUCUCGGCCUGACGCUCAGUCUCCCAGUUGUUGAUGUAAGGGUUGUUGCGAACGCGCAUGGGACGGCCGGUGAAGAUGAUGGUGCGGAUGUUGUCGUCGUGGCCAGAGGUGCGGACAGCCUCCUUGUGGGCGCGGGGAGCGCCGGCCUCAUCGGUGAGGAUGAAGCGGGUGCCGACCCAGACGGCGCUGGCGCCCAUCAUGAGAGCAGCGGCGACAGUCUGGCCGUUGGAGAUACCGCCGGCAGCGACGACCUGGACGGGGCCGCCGGUGAGGGGAGACUUGUGCUUGUUGCAGAUCUCGACGACGGCGGGGAUGAGGACAGUGGUGGGGAUGUCACCGGUGUGGCCACCACCCUCACCACCCUGGGCGCAGAUGAUGUCGACGCCAAUGUCGAGGCACUUCUUGACGUGCUUGACGUGGCCAAUCAUGUUCAUGUAGAGAAUGCCGUGCUGAUGGAGCUUAUCGACA